AUGGGAUCCGGCGCCCGGAUUACUCGUCUUGGAUACUUCAAGGACAGGACACUUACUAUUGACUAUCAUGAAUAUCGUUCAAGGCCGAUCAACGUCUGCCGUGGAGCUCUACAAGGGUCGUGUUUCGGCCCAAAAGCAUUCAUUGUCAAUCAUUAUGAUUUACCUAUGAACUUUGAAAACCCAAGUGCAGUACAUUUGUACGUCGAUGAUCUCACGAUAGUGUACAUUCCACCAAUCUCACAAAAAUACGCAAUCCAAAAGCAUACGAUACAAAGUCUCAUCAACAAGGACUUGGAAAAACGACGAAUCUAUACGGAAGAUAACCUACAACCAGUGAACGUGAAGAAAACGGAGUACGUAAUAUAUCACACAUCGGUACAACGUCCGAAACUCGAAAUCAUGUACUCAGGUCAGACCAUCCAUAGACAAAAAUCGUAUAAAUAUUUAGGUUUUUACCUCGGCGCCAAUCUGUCGCUCAGAUCGAUGCUACACGCACAAUUUAUAAAACUCAGAAAGCCAUACAAAAUUAUGAAGUACAUUCAUGGAGCCUUCUCAAUGUUCUUCAAGUUGAAAGAAAAGUUCUUUCAGACGUACGCACGGCCACACAUGUACUCGAUGCCACCAUUUACUGCUUAUUGUCUUCAACCAAUCAAGAACAUAUUAACGCAUUCUAUAGAAGAUGCAGUAGAAUGA